CCUGACUCAGAGAAGGAGCAAAUGUGAUGGAAUCGGCUCUGGUGAUGCGAAGCACGCUGUUCGCUAAAACUUGGCAGGGAACCAGGGUGACUAGUUUAUUGAAAGCAGCACCCCGAUCGCGUCAACUGCGAUCGCGAGAAUGAUAGAACACAUCAAGACUGAUAUUGUUGAAAGCAGAACAUUGAUGAUCAGUUUGAUGGUAGCCUGCAGUCGCUCCGAUUCAUUCUGUCGCCAGUGGCGAUCGUUCAUAUGGUACAGGUACACAAUGCAGCCAAGCGGGCAGUUAGCGUUGGAUGCCAGGGCUGAACGCGGCUGGCUGCAGGCAGUGACGCACAGCAGACGCAAAAUCUUAUCAGAUGAUCCUGUCUCUUGGCUCGCAUCUUCGGGGGGUAUCGCGGUGUCGCGCUGCGCGGAGCAGCCACUGCCACAGCAAGCAAGAGGCGCCCGAAAUCGGCUCGAUCGGGCUUGUGAAGCAGCCACUCGGCCCCUGUACGAAGAAGGGAAGCGGUGACAUAAUUAAAAGUUGCUGGCGUGGGAUCGAUCGCGCACUUCGAGGCGGGCCGGACCCUUUACAA